CAGCCCGCCGCACCGCGCCGCGCCGCCGGCCCCAAAUGGAUUAUCUUCGACUGGUGCUUUCUUGCCUUGUCCCCCUGCACGGCUGCCUGGCCGCCGGCAGCGCCCCAGAGCUCCUCCUGUCUGGCAAACUCAGCGAGUAUGGUGUGAUCGUCCCGUUCAGUGCCGAUUGCCGGGGUCGCUUCGUCUCACACGUGGUGUCUGGCGGCACGGUGGCGGUGGGGACGGGCGAAGGCGCCUGUCCCCCAGCCCCACGCUCGUCCCGCCGCCGCGUGCCCCGCAGCCCCCUGGAUGAACCCCCCCAGCGCCGCGGGGCCGGUGGCCGCUUGCUCUACUUCAACGUCACCGUUUUUGGGAAGGAGCUGCACCUCCGGCUGAGGCCCAACCGGCGGCUGGUGCCACUGGGUGCUGUGGCCGAAUGGCAGGAGGAUUUUGAGGUGCUUUUCCGGGAACCCCUCCAGCAGCGGUGUCUUUUCACCGGUGACAUCUCCGGCAUGCCUGGCGCUGCCGUGGCCAUCAGCAACUGUGACGGACUGGCUGGCCUGAUUCGGACAGACAGCAACGAGUUCUUUAUCGAGCCCCUGGAGAGAGGGCAGCAGGAGAUGGAGGAGCACGGGAGGGCCCAUGUGGUAUACCGCCGGUCGGCCAUCCGGCAGGACGGCGCUGAGUCCCACCAGGACCUCCACCCUGAAGUGGCUGGCAUGCAGGUGGGUGAUCUCCCCAACUCCCUGGAGCUGAUGGCAGAGCGGCUGGGGGACGCGGAGCGCAAGAGACGCCAUGCCAGGAAGGACGACUACAACAUUGAGGUCUUGCUGGCGGUGGAUGACUCUGUUGUACGCUUCCACGGGAAGGAGCACGUCCAGAACUACGUCCUCACCCUCAUGAACAUAGUGGAUGAAAUUUAUCAUGAUGAGUCCCUGGGUGUUCACAUCAACAUCGUGCUGGUCAGGAUGAUCAUGGUGGGAUACCGCCAGUCAGUCAGCCUGAUAGAGCGGGGAAACCCAUCUCGGAGCUUGGAGCAGGUGUGCCGCUGGGCCCACUCGCAGCAGCGCUCUGACCCGGAGCACGCCGAGUACCACGACCACGCUGUGUUCCUCACCAGGCAAGAUUUUGGCCCUGCAGGUAUGCAAGGCUAUGCGCCGGUGACGGGGAUGUGCCACCCGCUCCGCAGCUGCACCCUCAACCACGAGGAUGGCUUCUCCUCGGCGUUCGUUGUGGCCCACGAGACUGGGCACGUGUUGGGCAUGGAACACGACGGGCAGGGCAACCGCUGCGCUGACGAGACCACCAUGGGCAGCAUCAUGGCUCCACUGGUGCAGGCCGCCUUCCACCGCUACCACUGGUCCCGCUGCAGCAAGCAGGAGCUCAACCGCUACAUUCACUCCUACGACUGCCUCCUGGAUGACCCCUUUGAGCACCAGUGGCCCACGUUACCUGAGCUGCCAGGCAUCAACUACUCCAUGGAUGAGCAGUGCCGCUUUGACUUCGGUGUGGGCUACAAAACAUGCACGGCGUUCCGCACCUUCGACCCCUGUAAGCAGCUGUGGUGCAGCCACCCAGACAACCCCUACUUCUGCAAGACCAAGAAGGGACCACCCUUGGAUGGGACCGAGUGCUCUCCAGGCAAGUGGUGCUUCAAGGGUCACUGCAUCUGGAAGACGUCAGAGCAGCCUUACAGCCAGGAUGGCAGCUGGAGCUCCUGGUCCAAGUUUGGCUCGUGCUCCAGGACCUGUGGGGGGGGUGUGCGCUCGCGCAGCCGCAGCUGCGACAACCCUCCCCCAGCGUACGGCGGGCGCCACUGCCCAGGAGCCACCUACGAGUACCAAGUGUGCAACGCCGAGGAGUGCCCGGGGCCCUACCAGGAUUUCCGUGCCCAGCAGUGCUCCAAGCGCAACUCUUACUACACCCACCAGAACAGCAAGCACGCCUGGCUUCCCUACGAGCACCACGAUGAUGCUCAGAAGUGUGAGCUGAUCUGCCGCUCUGAGGGAACGGGGGACGUGGUGUUCAUGAAUCAGGUUGUUCACGACGGCACCCGGUGCAGCUACCGAGACCCCUACAGCAUCUGCGUCCGGGGCGAGUGUGUGCACGUGGGCUGUGACAAGGAGGUUGGGUCCCUGAAGCAGGAUGACAAGUGUGGGGUUUGCGGAGGGGACAACUCACACUGCCGGACAGUGAAGGGCACGCUGGCCAAGACCCCCAGGCAGCCAGGUGAGUGGGCUGGGUGUGCAUGGGAGCACAUUUGUCAUCUGCAUUCACAUGUGGAUGCAUGCAGGUGCGCAUCUGGUUGGAGCAAACCUGCUAUUUCUCUUCCCUCCAUUCUUCCUCCCUCCCUUGUAGCGGGUGUUUUGAAGAUGUUUGACAUCCCGGCUGGGGCAAGGCACCUUCAGAUAGAAGAGGUGGAGCCUGCAUCCCACAGCAUCGCUGUUAAGAAUCAAGCCACGGGUAACUUCAUCCUUAACACCAAGGGCACAGAAGCUAAAAGCCAAGUGUUCAUUGAGAUGGGCUUGGAGUGGGAAUACACUGUGGAACAUGGCAAGGAGAGCUUGAAAACCAGUGGUCCUCUGCACGAGGCCAUCAGUGUUUUGGUCAUCCCUCAGGAGGAGGAGGUGAGGAGCAGCCUGAUAUACCGGUACAUCAUCCACGAAGACCUGCUGCCCCUGAUUGGAAACAACAACGUCCUGCUUGAGGAGAUGGAUUCCUACGAGUGGGCCCUCAAGAGCUGGUCUCAGUGCUCCAAGGCCUGUGGAGGAGGCAUCCAGUACACCAAGUACGGCUGCCGGCGGAAGAGCGACAACCGCAUGGUGCACAGGAACUUCUGCGACAACGGCAAGAAGCCGAAGCCGAUCCGGCGCCGCUGCAACCUCCACGAGUGCUCCCAGCCUGGGUGGGUGGCUGAGGAGUGGGGCGUCUGCAGCCGGUCCUGCGGGAAGCUGGGGGUGCAGGCGCGGGUGGUGACGUGUGUACAGCGCCUGCGGGACGGCACCAACCGCACUCUGCACACCAAGUACUGCCCCGGGCAGCGGCCCGAGAGCCGCCGGCCCUGCAGCCGCGUGCCCUGCCCCGCGCAGUGGAGGACGGGCGCCUGGUCGGAGUGCUCGACGAGCUGCGGGGAGGGCAUCCAGCAGCGGCAGGUGGUGUGCAAGGGCAGCGAGAGCGGCGCGCGCUGCCACGGGGACAAGCCGGAGGCCGUCCAGGGCUGCCAUGUGGCCCUCUGCCCAGGGACGCUCUCGGGCAGCACCGCUGACACCGCUGACCAGGGCACAUCCAAAGGGCCGCGGGUGUCCCAGGAUGGGGCCAAAACCCCAGUUAGCAAGAUCUCCUCCAGGGAGCCUUGCCUCGGGGACAAGUCCAUCUUCUGCCAGAUGGAGGUCCUGGCUCGCUACUGCUCCAUCCCUGGCUACAACAAGCUCUGCUGCGAGUCCUGUGGCAAGAAAGCCUCUUCCCCCACCGGCUCUCCCAGCGCUGCCCCGGGCCCCGCGGCUCCCAGCCCCUCCUUGCCGCUCCCCGCCAGCCCCACCAGCCCUGCCCGGGGGGUGCCAGCUGGCAGUGGGGCUUUCCCCGGGGGGCUGCCGCUCCCCAGCCAGCCAGCCAGGGGCCAGACAGACAGGUAACGUGCUUGGGGCCGCCUCGGCGUGGGCAGGAAAAGCCUGUCACCUCCCUCCCUCUCCUUCUCCUCUCCUUUUUCCUCCCCUCCCACCCUGUUCCAGUGAUGAGUGGCAACUGCUGGGUUUGGGAGUGACCUGGCUAGCCCAGAAAUUCCUGGGAAAACCACUUUUUUCCUCACGAUCCCCCCACCCUCCCAGCUGUGGCACGGGAUGGGUUUUUUUUGACUGUCACAGAAAAAAAGGUGAAAAGGAGCAAAAAAGGUGGCAGCAGCUUGGCUAUGGGUAGACAGGCUGCUUCCUCCCAAGGUGCUAAAACAGAACUUUUUUGGAGGGGUGGGGCUUUGAUGUUGCUUUUUCCUUCCCCCUGCUCCAAGCAGCACCACAAGAUGCGCUGGAAAGGAGGGAGGGUCCUGGCUUGGUGGAGCGCCAAGCUUGGCAGUAGCAACGGGAGGAUGCUGGCAAGCUGGGGGUAGGCAAGUGGAAGGAGGUGGUGAGGUGGGGAGAAAUGCCCAAACUGCUGCCCUGGGCUGUCCCUUUUGGGGUGGAGAGUUUGGGAAACACACCUGGAUCGUAAAAUCCAUAGACCAGCUCCUGUCCUGCAUUGCAGGGUGGGUAGGAGCUGGCCCAGGCCACUCCAACAUGAGUGAUAAAGACUGGGUCAAAGACCAAACAUGCACGUUAAAAAAUGCCUGUCACCUGGCAAUGACAUUUCAACCAACACUGCCCUUGGCCAGUCUUGAGCUGGUGCUGAUGCCUAGUCUCUCCAGGACCACCCACCUCCUCCCUGCACCCUUGUACCCAGUGCCUGUGGGGCAUCAACACCUUCCCGAGGCAAAUGGGGAUGACUGGGAAGCUGGGAGUGGAUUUUAGGGGCAGGUACAGAGAAAGGAGAGCUGUCCCUUUUAUCACUUGGGAGGGGCUGAAAGGGAAGUGAUUAAUGCCAUCAAGGGAGGCCGUUAAUGCCAUUAAAUACUGUGCCAAGUACUAAAGUUAUGCACAGCACUUUAGGAGCCUGGGACUGUGUGUAGGUUGUCUGAUGUGAGGCUGGCUCCGGGCACAGGGAUUGCCUGGAGGAGUUCCAGUCCCCAAAACCUCCCCAAAGCAGGACUGAGCUGCCUGCUGUGUCCCCAAGGGGUGUUCCUGAGGGGGCUGCUGUGGUUUGGGGUGCUAUGGGGUGUGCAGCCUCCCAGCUGGGAGCACCCAGCACCUGAGGGUAGUUCAGGGGCAGAUGGGCUGUUGUGGGGGAUGAGCACUGGGAGGAGGUCAGGGGGCCAGGGAGGUGGAGUCCUGGGAAGGCAGGGCUUGGCAGGCAGGCCAGUUUGGCAGGGCAAAACUUGGGAGAACAUGCUGUCCUGGAAAGGAGGUGACAUCUCUGGGAGCAGCCUUCGGGCAGUGCUUCAGGUGCCUGGAAUCCCUGUCAUGUACCGGGAGCCCGAGGGCCUGUCAGUGCAGGGGCAGAGUGCUGGGCAGAGCACUGCGCUCAUGUGGCUGUGAGAAACUCGAGGCCAGGGCAUGUGAGAAGAGCUGGGGUCAGUGUGCCAGCUCCCCUCAGCCUUUGCUGGCAUUGGUUGGAGCAGGGGAGAGCUCGAGGGAUGCACUUUAACUGAAAUGAAGGGAGAGCCUGUGCAUUCUUGGUGUUUUAAGCAUUGGACUCUCUGCAAGGCUCCCCUGGUGCUACCCAACAAAGGGAACUGGAGAGAUGUUAAGAAGGCAACUAACUACUGCACCUCACUGCUCCCAUAUCUCCAAGCCCAGGCUGCACAAGCAUUUAUCUAACUACUCUUCCAAGCUGGGGUUCCCCUGCCUCCUGGGUGCUGCUCUUUGGCAUGGAAGGUGGAACAGAGCUCUGGCCCUGCCUGUGCCAAGUAGCCAGCAACCUCUUGGAGCAGCCCACCAGGGAACCACUGCAGUGGGCUGCCCAGCGAUGAGGCGGGCAGGGGUUGGCACCCACAACAUCAGCCAGAGCUCAUGGGGGUACCAGGGUGGGAUUUGUCCCUGGGGCUGCUGGCGCCACAGCCGUGCCCCUCCACAGCAGCACCAGCAUUACCACAUUGUGCCAAAGAGAAGGCUGCGCUGGCUCUGCCAGGAGCAGUUCUCCCCUGUCCCAGAGCCUGGAGGUGUAUAAACAAAACCUCCCCCCAUUCAACAAAGGGCUGUAAGGUCUCCAGGGUGCAGGUUAUGUAUGGGCUCACUCCUCCCUCCCAAAUUCUCAGCUGCACCCCUCCCUUCAGUGCUGCCCUGGGCAUUAGUGCUUUAUUAGGAAUAUUUGCAGUGGUUCCUUGCAAUACCUCGGAGGAGAGCUGUGGCUCAGGGCUGGCUCGGUCCUCUUGCACCCCCCGCAGCCGCGCUGCAGGUGCUAUCCCCCGCCUCUAGCCGAGCGAGGUGGGGGACAUUUAAAGCAAGGGUAAGAUGCCCCCUACUCCCUCCCCUCUCCGCCACGUGUGAUGCUGCAGGGCUGGCACCCGGCACUGCGUAUUUAUUCUGGGCAGGCUGAGGUUGGGUGGCUCUGGCCGCUGUGGGGCGGGGGGAGCUGUGGCGGGGGGCUGUGGCGAUGAGCUGGCCCCAGCUCCCGCAGGGAUGCGCCCUGGCUCCGGGAGGAGAGGCUGUGUCCCGUCCCUGCCUCCUCCUGGGCUGGGCGGCCGCACUGAGUCAUUCCUGGGAUGUAACCCUGUCCAGUGUUACCCUGAUGUAUAAAGUUUUGUACAUACGAGAUUCAGAGCUUUUUAACUUUUAAUAUUUAUUAAUU